AUGGAACAGGUUCGUCGUAGGAUAAAAGUAGAAUUGGUAUCGAGUGAUGAUAGAUUACAGAAACUUAUAAAUAAAACAACAUUUAAACACGCAACGGCAUACCACAAAAACUUGAGUGCAAUAACAUUGGAGAAUAAAAUCAUAAAAUUCGAUAAACCUAUAUAUAUAGGACUCGCAGUACUGGACAUCAGCAAGACACUGAUGUAUGACUAUCAUUACAAUGUUAUGAAGAGGUACUAUGGAGAAAAAAUAUCACUCAUGUAUACAGAUACAGAUUCACUAGUGUAUUUUAUCGAAACCGAUGAUUUCUACGAAGAUAUGGUAAACAACCCGAUUUUACUUGACCGCAUGGACACGUCGAAUUUACCAGAAAAUCAUCCCUGUUAUAUUGCUGAGAGAAAAAAGAUUCCGGGACUAUUUUCAGAUGAGACCAAUGGUGAUCUAAUGACAGAGUUUUGUGCGCUUCGCUCAAAAUCUUAUUCGUAUAAGAUUGGGAUUGAUUCUUCCAAAGAAGAGAUUAGGGCAAAGGGUGUCAGAGGACAUGUUGUCAAGAAUCAUAUGACAUUUGAAGAUCACAGACGAUGUUUGUUUGAAGGUAUGGACUCUGUUGUGAACAGACACCCAAAUAUAUCUAUACGAUCCUUCAGUCACCAAUUGACAACAAUUAGAACCAACAAAAUUACAUACAAUAACUAUGAUGACAAGAGGGUUGUAAUAAAA